AUGGAAUUAACGUCGAUAAAUUCGGAAAAUGAGGAAUCCGGCAGUGCAUGGAAGGUCUACGUAGAUGGAUCCUCCAACAAUAAAAGAAGUGCGGCUGGGAUCAUAUUAGAAACCCCAAAAGGAGUAACAAUUGAACAUUCUCUAAACUUGGGAUUCCCAACCUCAAAUAAUCAAGCUGAAUAUGAAGCUCUGAUAGCCGGAUUGAUGCAUGCUAAAGAGCACGCAGCUAGGAAAGUGCAGGUCUUCAGUGACUCACAAUUGGUAACUUCGCAGAUAGAAGGAAAGUACCAAGCUAAAGGUCUUUUGCUAAUGAAGUACCUGAGUCGGGUUCGACAAAUCAUGGCCGACUUCGAUGAAGUGUGGGUUACUCACAUCCCACGAGGGGAGAAUAGCCGAGCUGACAUCUUGUCAAAGUUAGCCAACACCAAGAAUUUGGGUAACCACAGAACUGUGGUUCAGCAAAGCAUAGCAAGCCCGAGUUGCGUGAUGGUGAUAACCUUGGCAAAUGACUGGAGGAAACCUCUAGUAGAUUACCUGGAGAAAGAAAUAUUGCCAGAAGACCACCUGGAAGCCAGGAAGCUAGUCCGAGAUGCGACACAAUAUGCAGUCGUGAAUGACCAACUAUUUAGAAAAGGUUUGCACAACCCCAUACUAAAAUGCUUGAACUCGGACGGAGUAGAGUAUGUGCUCGCCGAGAUCCAUGAAGGAAUAAACGGCCAUCACAUGGGAGGCAAAGCCUUGGCCAGAAAGGCACUAAGAGCUGGUUAUUACUGGCCGACAAUGGGGGCAGACUCCAAAGAACACGUCAAGAAAUGUGAUAGCUGCCAGAAGCAUGCCAAGCUGAUUCUUUCACCACCUGAAGAGUUGAAAUGCAUCUCGGCUCCAUGGCCCUUCUUCAAAUGGGGAAUGGACCUACUAGGACCUUUCAAAGCUGCUGAAGGGCAACUUAAGUGGCUGAUCGUGGCUGUGGAUUAUUUCACAAAGUGGAUAGAAGCAGAACCAGUCACCACGAUCACCUCGGCUCGAGUACAAAGAUUCUUUGAGCGAAACAUUGUUUCGAGACUCGGAAUCCCAGCUGAGCUGGUUACUAACAAUGGAACACAGUUUGCUGAUAAGAGAUUUCAGUAG